AUGGCAUUGGCCCCCAUAGUCAAGGCCUAUGCUUAUCAUGAUGCUUUUAUUGACGAAAAUGACCCCAAUUUCUAUUGUGCAAAGUAUGGCAAAGGCUAUCAUCAACGACAAACCUACCUCAGGCAUUUACGAAAUGUGCAUAAACUACAGCCUAGAACUAGAUUGGUCAUUGCUCAUCCCGACAAGGAAAUCGACAAUUAUCAUCCUGAUCAUUUCUGCGCCAAAUGUGAUAAAACACUCUCAAGUAACAGCACAUUCCGUCGUCACCGUCUAAGAAGACAUCAUCACAGUAUCUGCAGAAGAACUAGCCAAAGUUUCCAAAUCCAAGCGCCUUCAAGCAGCUUCGAUGUAAUGUUCACUGACGCUUCAAUCUAA